UUUGUCCAAGAUGACUGUGAAACAGUUACUUCAAAUAAUACUCCUUUUAAAAACCGUUGGCGUGUUCUCCCUCAUAAGUAUCCAAACAAAGAAGUUCGGAUUGUCUGGCCAUAUAGAUUGGCGAGUGAACUCCAAGCGGGAAAAGGUCAAGGAGAUGAUGAAGUUUGCUUGGAAAGGAUAUGCCGAAAAUGCCUGGGGCUUCAACGAGCUAAACUCGGAGCUGGGAGUUCCGCACAACGAAAGCGUUUUUGGUAAUCACCACAUCGGCCUGAGCAUUAUCGACAGCCUGGACACCCUGUACAUAAUGGGUCUGAAGGAGGAGUACGAGCAAGCUCGAAAGUGGGUGGCGGAUAACUUCACUCUGGACCACACAGAUGGCUACCUUUCUGUGUAUGAGUUAACUGUUCGCAUUGCCGGUGGUCUCCUCUCGAUGUACGCCAUGACUGGAGACGAUGUGUAUAUAACCCAGUCUGAAUAUGUGAUAAGAAAACUUCUGCCAGCCUUUAAUUCAUCAAUGCAUAUACCGCACGCCAGGAUUAAUCCUGCAGCGAAAAAAGCUGCUCCUCACCCUUGGACUCCUGAAUCGCUUCUCGGCGAGAUUGGCAGUCUAAAUAUGGAGUUCUAUUACACCAGUGAGAUCACCGGACACCGGAAAUACCGACCCAUAGUGCAUCAUGUGCGGGACCAACUGGACAUGUUGUUCAAGCCACGCGACAUGUAUCCCGAUUAUAUUCAUCCCAGGACGACCCUCUGGGGACCCCUGAAAAUGUCCAUGGGACCCACGGGCGGCGGAGGUUUGUACGAGUGUAUGCUGAAGUCGUGGCUACGAUCGAAUCAGCUGGACGAACAGGCACGUGACCUAUAUAUGAAGGCUAUCCAUCAGGUAAUCAAUGGCAUGGUGGGACUGAGCUUUGGUGGCCUAACCUAUGUGGGCGAACUGUCCAAUUUCCAUGUAAUCCGACGGAUGGAGCACUCUACCUGCUUUGCCGGCGGACUUUUUGCCUUGGGAUCCCUGGCCUUUUACAAUGAUUCCCGGCUGGAAGCCAAACACCUGCAGUUGGGCAAGGAUCUGGCCUUAAGCUGUCGGGAGAGCUACAGACGUUCAGCCACUGGCCUGGGACCAGAGUCAUUUCAAUUCGACUCUGUGCCCAGGGAAGAUGCCACCGCCAGGAAGAGCGAUUCAAAGGCUUAUCGGCUGAGACCGGAUGUGGUGGAGACCUAUUUAAUAUUGUGGCGCCUCACCCACGAUCAGAAGUAUCGCGAUUGGGGCUGGGAGGUGGUGGAGGCCCUGGAGAAAUAUUGCCGCACGAAGUUCGGUUUUGCUGGUCUGCAGAAUGUCUACGAUCCAAAGGGUCCCAGGGAUGGAGUGCAGGGGAGUCACUUCUUGAGCGAGACUCUCAAAUUCCUGUAUCUUCUGUUCUCCAAGGACUCGCUGUUGCCCCUCAAGAAGUGGGUCUUUAACACUGCGGGCCAUCCGCUUCCCGUUCGCUAUAUAAACAAUAAGUUCCGCGGCAACCAGCUCAAGCCCUAUGUUCACUUCUCAAUUUAAUUUGAGGUUUAGAUUUCAUAUACUUGUGUAUUCUAAAUAAUGAAAAUGAGUGGCUUUCUCUUCAAAAUAUAUCAAAUAUAUUUUGUUAUGGGCUUAACCGAAUUCUCCCUUUAUUGCAUAAUAUUUCAUCUCCAGCAAAAAAAGGUGAAGCAAAGAAUGUUUGCGGUUUCCCAUAAAUAUAGUUAUUAAUUCUAAAUUCUUUAUUUUGCUGUUUAAUUGCCUGUCGUACAAUGAACGGCAAAAGUAUUUGUGUUUUCUUUUGUAACAAUUGUUUUACACAAUUGAGUUUGACAACAAUUUGCAAAUUGCACACUAACUGACCACAAAACGUUUCAGUUUGGAUUUAUUUUUUCACAGCGUUUUGUUCGAACUAUUUAUUUUUACCUAUGCGGCUUUAUUUUUCCCAAUCAUUUGGCAUUUAUCGUUUCAUUGGUUUCGGUUUAUGCUUUUAUUUUAGCACCCACAAUUGUUGGCAUUUAGAUAAUCAAAAUAUAUCACAAUAUUUUCCGUUUUAAUUGGCUACACAAUGGCAGAAAAACAAGAUGCACACAAAAACACAUUUCAAAACAUUAUUAAAGCCUGUACUUAAGUGUUCAGCUAUCGGAACUUGAUUUCUUUUUAGAUAGGAAAGAAGCUAUACUUUAUGGGUUAAAGUUGAUAUUUAAAUAAAGAUAUCUUGAAACUAUUAAAAAA